GGGUGGGGAGGAGGGGUAGAGGAGACACAAGGCGCCGCCCGCCCCAGCGAAAGCGAUCGGACAUUCGCCGGACCCAGGCUCUGCUCCCAAUUCUGCAGGACGAUCAGCGAUGGAGGAUCCACAGAUGCCAACCCCAGAGGAAGCAUCCGGCCCGGGGCUGGCAGCGGUAACCAAUCCGGAUGCCCCGGCUCCCACCCCCGAGGCCAAGGGCGGGGCUGAGAAGCCCUUCUCGUGCCCGGGCUGCGGCCUGGGUUUCCGUCGGGCAUCCAACAUGGCGCGGCACCGGUGCCGGCGGGAUGGGGAGCGUCCAUAUCCGUGCGGGGACUGCACCAGGGCCUUCAACUACCCGUCAGAGCUGGCCAUCCACCGGCGCAGCCACACACGGGAGAGGCCCUUCAUCUGUUCGGCCUGCGGGAAGGGCUUCCUGUACUCAUCCAACCUGCUGACCCACCAGCGGGUCCACACGGGUGAGCGCCCAUUCGCCUGCCCGUUGUGCGGCAAGGGUUUCACCCGUUCCUCCAGCCUGGCGGCCCAUCAGCGGGUCCACUCAGACGAGCGCCCUUACCCAUGCGACGGCUGUGAGCGUCGCUUCAAGAGCGAGAAGGAGCUGAAGAUUCACCGGCGCCUGCAUCAGGGCGAGCGGCCGUUCCCCUGCGGUGUCUGCGGCAAGGGCUUCACCCAGCUGGCAGUGCUGCUGGCACACCAAAGGGGCCACACGGGCGAGCGCCCCUUUGCCUGCUCGCUGUGCGGCAAGGCGUUUGCCCGAUCUUCCAGCCUAACGGCCCACGCUGGUGUCCACUCUGAUGUGCGGCCCUUUCCCUGCGAAAGCUGCCACAAGCGCUUCAAGAGUGCCAAGGAGCUUAAGGUGCACCGUCAGGUUCAUUCCGAGGAGCGGCCCUACCCAUGUGGCGUCUGCGGUGAGCGUUUCCGCCAGGCUCGUAACCUCCAGGCUCACCGCCGUACCCAUACCGGCGAGCGCCCCUUCGCCUGCUCCCUGUGCACCAAACGCUUUGCCCGCUCCUCCAGCCUGCUGGCCCACCAGCGGGUCCACUCUGAUGACCGCCCCUUCCCUUGCCCGGAAUGCCCCAAGCGCUUCAAGAGCGCCCGAGAGCUGGCCACCCACCGGCGGGUGCACAGCGGCGAGAGACCUUACGCCUGCCCAGUCUGCCCGCGCCGCUUCACCCAGCCCUCCAUCCUUCAGACCCACCGGCGUGUCCAUACCGGCGAGAGGCCUUACGCCUGCCCGGUUUGCCCGCGUCGCUUCAUCUGUGCCUCCUCGCUGCUCAACCACCGGAGGGUGCACACCCGCGAGCGUCCCUUCCCCUGCCCGGUCUGCGGAAAGUGCUUCCGACAGUCAGCCAACCUGCAGACCCAUCGUCGGCUCCACCUCUGACUUGGGGGGGCACUGUGCCACCUCUUCACCCAGCCCUCCCUCCCACAGACCCAUCGCUGAUCUUGGGGGGGGGGUUGGGGGGGCACUGUGGCACCUCUUCACCCAGCCCUCCAUCCCACAGACCCAUCUCUGACCUGUGGGAGGGGUUUGGUGGGGGGGGCACUGUGCCACAUCUUCACCCAUCCCUCCAUCCCACAGACCCAUUUCUGACCUGUGGGGGGGGGGGGGGUUGGGGGGCACUGUGCCUCGUCUUCACCCAGCCCUCCAUCCCACAAACCCACCAGCAGCUCCAUAUCUGACCCAUGCGGGCGCACUGUGCCAGGCUUCCAGCUUUACUGUCAGCCCCCCGCUGUUGGCUCUCAUUGCUCAGCUCAGCUCUCGCCCAGUGACUCAGCAGAUAUGGUUGAUGGGAGAGGAGGGGAAAAUCUGGAGAAGGGGACUGACAGGGAAGGAUGCAGAGGCUGGAGUUAUUGUGGGCUCCAGGGGUUAUAGCACAGCGAGCAACUCAGUCAGCAAGGUCAGAGUGGUGGAACAAAGGGGGCUGUUCCAUUUGCGUAGGGGAGUGUGGUUUCAAGGCAGGAAGGUGGGGAACGUGCAGGAGCUGGGUGGGGAGGGUGUGUGGGGUGAAAAUUGAGGGUUUCAUAUUCUCAGUGGAAUGUAGGAAACUUGCCUCUCUCCCCUCCUUGAGCCUGUUACAGAGGAGCAGGAGGCCAUUCAGCACCCCCCUUCUCAAGCCUGUUACACAGGAAGAAGAGGCCAUUCAGCCUCACUCCUUGAGCCUGCCAUUCUGUGCGGAGCAUAAGUUAAUGUUUGAAUGAGUUGAUGAAUAAUGAGGUAGCCAUCAGUGAGCAUGUGGCUGAUGCAGCUGGUUUCUGGGUGCUGAACAAAAAGCCGGGAAGAUAGGGUAAAUUAAACAUUUAUAAAUAACAAAGAGUGGUUAAUGACCCCCUGGGGCAGAAACUGGCCAGAACUGCGGUGAAGACAAUUUGCGUGUUUUCAGUGAUGAGUGAUUCUGCAGGCUCCUUGCCUGAACGUUGAGGGGUGGGAUGACACUGGAUGAGUCUGUCAAAGAGCCAGCAUGGACAAUGUGGGAUAAAUGGCCUCCUCUGCAGAUGCUACAGAGGUUAGACAGUCACAGCAAUGUACACCAUCUACAAGAUGUCCUGCAGAGACUCACCGAGGCUCCUUAGACAGCACCUUCCAAACCCCAGGGCCAAUUCCAUCCAGAAGGACAAGGAGCAGCAGGUACAUGGGAACACCACCCCCUACAAGUUCCCCGUCUCUGAGCCACUCCCCAUCCCAACUUGGAAAUAUAUCGGCCAUUCUUUCAGUGUGGCUGGGUCCAAGUCAUUGGAAUUCCUCCCUAAGGGACAUUGUGUGUCUACCCUACAGCACAUGGACUGCAGCGGCUCAAGGAGGCAGCUCCCCCCCCAUUUUCUCAAGGGGGCAGCUAGGGACGGGGUGAUAAAUGUUGGGCCCAGCCAAUGACCCAUGCACCUGGUCUGUCUGGUACAAGCAGCAACGCGUGACCAAACAAUUUUUAACACAAAAAUGAAGAACUGGAGCCUUGAACUGAACCCAUUGAAUCUGGGAGAUUGGGAACCGCUGACAUAAAGUGUGGAGAAGCGACCAGCAGCUUGCGUCGGACAAUGUGAUUUUUUUUCAAAAGAAAUGUAUUACUGAGCAUUAAAUUGAUCAUUUAGUCUCGUGUCUCUAUCCAAUUAUGAUUGUGCUGUGUUUUCUGACUGUAGAGCACCAUCUGGAAAGCCUAUUAAACGUGAGAUAAAGAGAAAA